CUAGAUCUAUAUAAAUGCAUGGCGAGAUGAUAGUAGGACAGCCUAUUAGAAGAAAUAACACUGAUUUACCACUCUACUUCAGUCGAAACUACAGAAAGUAUCAUGGAAAUAAUUUUCUUAAGGAGGCGAGCUAUCGUCGUUUAUAUUACAGACUAACAGAUCCCCUACAGCCGGUGUCUUUAGUCCGAGGUCGCUACCUGGCAGACAAUGGUCCACUUGCCAAAUUCUUUAAAGAGAAUGAACACAGCAGUCAGAACUCUAAAUGUACAUGUCAUGAAAAUACGAACAGGUGCCUUAGGAACGCUUUAAUGUAUACAACACAAACACGGAAUAACAGGAAUGAUACCUCCUUACACCCUGCAAGCUUGAUCAAACAGGAUAUUAUAAACAAGCGAUUACAGCUCCCGUAUUCAACCAUUGUUGUGAGGUGGCAGCGAAAAAGAGAUAUAAACGGGUAUAAUCUUCCAGAUCUGAUGUCGGUCCUCUCACAGUAUGGAGCUAUCAGAUAUCUGCGCAUGCUCAGUCCUAACAGUGCACUAGUGGUGUUUGAAGAACUUUCGUCAUCAUGUAAUAUAAUGCAGCAUUCAGUUUUAGGAGACAGCAAUAAAUUAUACUGCAAGUGGUGGCACAAGUGUAUGGAAAACAAAUUUGUCUACUUGUCUAAAAGAGGGAUAAAAGUGAUUAAAGAUCCAUUCAUCAGUGUUUUAUAGUAAUUUAUUUAUACAAAUCAUGUAUAUUGCUCUGUAUACGUAUUGUGUAACUUGUAACAACUUCUAAGAGAAUGGACUUCUUUUACCACGUAUUUGCAAUAUUAAAAUAUUAAACUAUU